CGGCCCGGGCCCGGUCCCGGGGUCCCGGGGUCGGAUCCGGCGCUGUCGGGGGUUUUCGUGUCGUUUGCGGCUCGGGCCCGGCCCGGUGCGGCUCGGCCAUGGCGCAGUCGGCUCCUGUCGGCCUCCUGGAACAGGGCUGCCCCAUUCAGGUGGAGCACGAUCGGAAGAGGCGGCAGUUCACCGUGCGGCUGAACGGUUGCCAUGACAAGGCGGUGCUGCUCUACGAAUACGUGGGGAAGCGGAUUGUGGAUUUGCAACAUACAGAAGUACCGGACGCCUAUCGAGGGAGAGGAAUAGCCAAGCACCUCGCGAAGGCAGCCCUGGACUUCGUGGUGGAGGAGGACCUGAAAGCUCACUUGACAUGCUGGUACAUUCAGAAAUACGUCAAGGAGAACCCACUGCCGCAGUACCUGGAACACUUGCAGCCUUAAGGCAGGACUGCUCUGACACCAGCGCGCCUGUCCCUGACUGUUCAACGCGGCCUUCGCUUCUCUGCGGUCUCAGGAAACCCCCCUCCCACACUCACAAUUCCCAUUUUUUUAAGCGCAUCCAUGUGAUGCAUGAGUGUGGGCACGACCUCCUCCUCUCUGCCCACGUGUGAGCAUGGCUACGGCCCUUGGGCCAGGCUGCCUCCAGGCACACGUGGUGCCCCCUGGUGCUCUUACCAAGCCAGGGGGUGGAAGAGGAUGAUUUUUCCACCAAACUCCAUCACAAGACUAGGGGAUGACUCAACCUGCACCUCAUCCUCUCCCUUCCGCUUGGCGACAGCUGUGAACUUGCUGGGGGAUGUUGGUUAGGGGUGGUCGCAGGGUACCAGCCCCUCUUUCCUCCCAGCAGCUGGGGGAGAUGCUGGGGAUUAAGCCUUGUGGGACAGAAGGAGGUGCUGGAGGAGCCCUGGCCCCGUGGCAGGUUCAUCCCCUGCAGCAUCUGUUGGGCACCGAGCCUUGCCCAAGCCCACGUGGAGUACAGAUAAGAACGUGUGGGCCAUGGUGGCGCCUGGGGGGCUUUGCUGUACCUGCUGUGGAGACACUGGGACGGUGACACCUUCAAGCCUAGAGACAGGAGCCAUGUGAGGAGCAGGCUUCAGCCAUGGGGGCUGCAGCAGAGCACAUGCAGCGUGAGUGUGCAGAGGAAGAAAGGUGGCUGAGUUGCAGAUGCUGGUCGCUGGAGAUGCCAGCUCCUGCCCAGCCUUCUGUAUCUAGCCCCAGCAUGGCAUCCCCGCAGGGUCACGGGCUGUCGUUCCUGUCUCUGCUCCCUGUUAUUGGUGUUGACCGUGCUGGUGUGGACACAGCCUGCUCAGGAGAAGAGCACCAGCCCCCACAGCCAGCCCUGGCCUAAGCAAUGAGGGGACAUCCCAUGCCUUUGCAGGCACCAGGAUGGUUUCCUGCAGCUGAAGAGGAAGGCUCCCCCCACCUCCCUCAACUCCAGCUCUGCACCCCUGCCCUAGAUUGUAAGGCCUGAGCUGUCAUUGCAUCCUGAGAGCAACGGGGGUAAGGCCUCCGGGACCUGCUCCUGGCCUAUCUCCAGGACUUGAUGCUAAGCUGCCUGCCUCCACCUGGAUGCUGAUCACUUCUCCUUACAGCCUUUGGAAAGAAACCCUGGCUCAGGGCAUUACUCGUCUGCUCACUGGCGUCCUCGUAGCUCCAAGCCCACAACAUCGUGGGGUCCUUGAUCAGCAGCAGGAACACCCUCGUGUUGUGCUGUUACCUCCACGGAUGAUGACCCUGUAGCACAGCUCAACGUUGCCACAGUCGGAUGUAGAGGUAACACCGUGACAGCAGGGCACUGCCUGGUUCCAGCUUGUUGCCUGUCCUCCCUUGCUCAGGCCUUCCAGGGCCUGAGCUAGACCCCAGAGCAUCUCUCCCCUAAGUUCUCGGGAUUUUGCGGUGUCCCAGGGCUGGGCUGUGGUGGGGGAGAUGGUGCUGCCGGCAUGCCACGCCAGCCCUGAGCAGCUGCUGGGGGCUGCAGCCAGGCAGAACAAGAUAAAGAGCCUUUCACCUGGAGGCCAAAUCCAGACCUAGCUUAUCUCUCGGCAGGGACUAGUUUACAAGCUGUGCCACGGACCGAAUGAAGCCCUGGCCAAGAGGCAGCUCAGCCCUCUCCCAGAGCCCAGGGCAAAAUCCAUGGCGGCAAAGGCAAAAGCUCCUACAACCUUCUCUCACGGUUGGGUUGGUUGGAGAUGGAGACACUGUGCCUGAUCUCAGCCAGGGAGGCCCUGAGCUGUUCCUCCUGGCCACCGGCUCGAGGCGAAGCCCUGCCGCCUGCCUGUGCUUUUGGGCUGCCCACUGCCAACAUAAUGCAGCCCUCUGCCCACAGGUUUGAGGAGAACCUCCCAAAUUCCAUCCCUACCCUGCCACGCUGCAGGCUGUGAGACCUCUGCCCAUGUCCACCACCUGCCUGGGGAGGGACCUGUGCCUGGCGACAGACCCAUCUAUCUCUGGCUUGUGCUGCUCAGGAAAGGCAUCAGGCUCAGCCCUGCCACUGCCUCGCGUUUUCUGCAUUCUCGCUGCUUAUUUCAGCCUGGCUGUGACCUUCAGGAUCGCUUAGAGGGACUGGGAAAGGUUGCAGGUAACGAACUAAAGAAAAGGGCUCAAGAAGAAAUCUGGGCUGCUAAAUGUUCACUCCAACAUGCAAAACACACUUCAACAUCUAGUUACAGGAGCAAGGCUGGCUCUGUUACAACCAAGUGAUGACAGAACCGUCCCUGCUCUUGAUCCCAAGGUGAAGCUGAACCGUCUCCUCUCUUGCAAGCCAAGAUGAGACACUGUCGUUAUCUUUGUCACAGUGGGGCUGGGUGCUUGGAAGAGAUGUGUGCCUGGUUGCCUCGUGGGAGCAAUAGCGUGAACCCAGCACUGCAAGCCCUGGUUUUGUGCUUAUUUCCACUUCGUGACAGUUCCUAGAAGUACCCCGUCAUGUCUGCAGCACGAGAGCGGCUCGCUGGAGGGUGUGCUGCAGUUGCUGCACCGGCAGUGUCCCAGUGUCCGAGCUUGACUCUGGAGCCCUUUGUGCUGCUCUGGCAGGAACCUUGUCCUUCCCAGCGCUGGAUCACAAGUGGCGAUCACUGCCUUAAAUCAGGCACAGCACACUGUUUUCCUGCUGCUUCCCUUCGAGGUGCUACAAUCCCUCCAGUGUCUGACCCAACGGAGACGUGUGUCAGUGUCAGUGCCAACCAUUUCACUGCUGUACCCAUCCUCUGCCCUGGCCUUCCCUUCCUUGUGGUCUUUAAUGUCGGCGAAUAGCAAUACCCACAGGUCACCAGCGAUGCCGCAGUCCACGGUGCUCCUGUGAUCUGGCACUGCUGGGCAGGAGAUGGCUCGGGGUCCUUUGGUGUUAGGCAGCCUUCCCUCCUGCCUCUCUGCCAGCCGCCCUUUCCCACCUGGUCUCUGCAGGAAGGAGCUUUGAGUCCUGUGCUGCCCCUUGGUGCUGAUUAAGGCUGGAGGAGUUGGGGAUCCUGGACUCUUUCUGGCGACAGGAGUGUGGAAGUGGUUUGGUUGAAUAUUGAGGUCCCCAAACCCAUUUGAACUACAGACUUUGGUGGGUUGGGAAAUGCAGAUUGCUGUCAAACUUGCUUCCACAUCGCCCAACUUGAAACACCCCCUCCCUCGUCCGCUUUCGAGCGUUGUCUUCCUCUGUCCAAGGUUUCCAUUCUGUUGAAUUUGGUGGUUACGAUGUGCCUUUCCUUCUCAGGACCUGUUACAAAUGAUGUUUCUGCUUUUGUUUAUGUCUAACAUUUAUCUUUAUCCCUUCUUCUGUCAUACUAUAAAACAUGAACAUAAUGCAUGGAAUACAAUACAAUAAAAAGUGUGGCUUAACUGA